CCCCCGCCGCGGCCUCGGCCUCUGCCGCCCUCUCCCGCCACCGCCGCCGCCGCCCCCGCCCCUGCCCCUUCCCGGCCCCGGGAGCGGCUGCAGAGCCGCCGCCCAGACCGUGUCCCGCAGGAGGCGGGGAUCCGCACGAGAUAAAUCAAAAUGAGCUAUACAGAAAAACCAGAUGAAAUAACCAAAGAUGAAUGGAUGGAAAAGCUGAAUAACUUACAUGUUCAACGAGCAGACAUGAACCGCCUCAUCAUGAACUACCUGGUCACAGAGGGCUUUAAGGAAGCAGCAGAGAAGUUUCGAAUGGAGUCUGGGAUUGAACCAAGCGUGGACCUGGAAACACUAGAUGAGCGAAUCAAGAUUCGGGAGAUGAUUCUAAAGGGUCAGAUCCAGGAGGCCAUUGCCCUGAUCAACAGCCUCCACCCAGAGCUCUUGGACACAAAUCGGUAUCUGUACUUUCAUCUGCAGCAACAGCACUUGAUUGAGCUGAUCCGCCAGCGUGAGACCGAGGCAGCGUUGGAGUUUGCCCAGACGCAGUUGGCAGAGCAGGGUGAGGAGAGCAGAGAAUGCCUCACGGAGAUGGAACGCACACUGGCCUUACUGGCCUUUGAUAGCCCGGAGGAGUCACCUUUUGGAGACCUCCUCCACAUGAUGCAGAGGCAAAAGGUGUGGAGUGAAGUUAACCAAGCUGUUCUAGAUUAUGAAAAUCGUGAGUCCACACCCAAGCUUGCAAAAUUACUGAAACUGCUACUUUGGGCUCAGAAUGAACUGGACCAGAAGAAAGUAAAAUAUCCCAAAAUGACAGACCUCAGCAAAGGUGUGAUCGAGGAGCCCAAGUAGAGCCUGUGCACCGACACUACACUGUCACCAGGACUCACCUCCCCUCGGGCUGUGACUGGAAAUGGUCGCUCCAGUAGAGAACUGUUUUCCUUUGUACUUUUCUUUGACCCCCCAUCGUUUAAAAAGGGAAAAUGGCCUUUUCAAAUGCUGCCAAACCCAUGGUGAAAGACACUGUCUCUGGAAGCCUGUGUGCUGUAUCCUGGGGGCUGCACACUGCAGUUGACUAUCUCCACUCUUGGUGAUGCUGGCUCAGGAAGAUCUGGCUUGCCACUGUGCACUGCUUUGCUAGGGAAGUAAUUCAUCUGAAGGCCUCGCACUUAGUACACCAAGAACACUGGUGGUCUGGCGCUGUCGGCUCGCAGGCAGGCAGUGUUUUCUUAUUUUCUUAGGUCGCAGCAGGCCUUCAUCUUCACGUUGCUCCUUACCCCCUUUCCUCCCUCCCUUUCAUCCCUUCAUAGGAAAAAAUUAUAUAAAUUUGUAAAUCUUAAUUCAGAGAUGACGUGUGGGGGUAUUGAGUUUGAUUCGGUUUUGUUUUGUUUUCUGCCUUGGUUUAGGGUGUGUGUUGGGGGCGGGAUGUGCGUGUGUAUGAGGGCUGUGUUUUUUUAAUUUUUUAAAUAUAUAUUUUGGUGCUGUAUGUGAUGAGAGACUUGUUCAUACUGGAUCAGUGAGCCACCUCUUGUAGGCAACUUUGAAAAUAAAAGUUUCUCUUUGACUUUGAGAAUGGCCAAAGUGGCUUUGAAGUUAGCAUCUCACACAGCCCUUGUUUCCAGUGUUGUUCCCUGUCAGCACAGAAACAGCAUCUGCACCUGUAACUAAGGACCAUGUGCAGGGUCCAUGUGCCCAGGGAAUUCCUUGCAUGACAACAAAACAGCCUGAUACUGGUGUGGUCAGCUGGGUGGCCUCAGGCACACAGGAUUCCUGGGAAGACUCAAGGCUGUUCAUACUGGCAGUUGUGUGUUUGAGCUUGGCAGAGUAGCGUCUCAUCUUUGCUUCGGUGUCAGUAGUCCUGUGGUGUCCUACUCUUCAGUAAGGUCUUUGUUGCUUGCUCAGUGGAAAGCAGGAAGGAGGUGGUCCAUGAGGUAGGAUGUGUGUGCUGUGUAGUAGGCUCUGUCCUGAGCGAUGAGCACAUACGGGUGUGGUGGGGUAUCUUGGGUACUCGGCAGCAGUCCAGGCCAGAAAGGACCCUAUUGGAGCAAUGCUGAAGGCUGGUAGGGAAGAGAGGUGGUCACAGAACUAUGGAAUCCUCAACCGUGUCUGGAUGGUGGAGACAGUAUGAACACCGUCCUUUGGGGGAGUUCCUGUCUGUCUGAUACUGGAGCAAGGGUGUACUGGGAGCAGUGUCCUUAGCAGCUUCGUUGGGAUUGCUCACUUGCUCAUGAGCAGUACAGUGCACAGCACACUGACCAGCUAGGUCAGGUGGGUUAGCUCAGCUUGCUGGGGCCUGAGCUACUCAGGUGUCAGGUAACUAAUGUUCAUGUCUGUUUUCUGGACUAUUAGUAUCUGUCUACUUUUCUCCUUCCUUAGACACUUCUUGAUUGGAAUGGCAUGAGGAGUCUUCAAGCUCUCUGCUUCUGUAGAGGUGGGUUCUUUGUCAGUAUCUGCUUUGGGGUCACAUUAGUAAUAUGCGCAGGGAUGAAGCUGUUGGUGUCUUUGUCACCCCCCACUGACCUUCCUGUCUGAGGAGGGAGUCUGGAGACCUUCCCUUACCUCCCUAGACUGGCUUUCAGCAAUUGUCUGUAGAUGUAGCUUCUUCAGUGUUCCUUCCUUAGGUCCAAGGAUCAGAAUUAGGAUAGAGGGGGCUAGAGAGAUAGCUCAGCGGUUAAGAGCACAUGCUGAACAGUCUUGAGGACCAGAGUUCAGAUCCCAGCACAGCACCCACGUAAGUGGGGCAUCCCACAAAUGCCUGUAACUCCAGCUUCAAGAUACUUGAUACCCUUUUGGCCUCUUCAUGCACACAGGCUCGUGCCACUAUACAUAACUGCAGAAAUGCAUAACACACAUAUAAAAUCUUAAAGAGAAAAUGAGGUUGAGAGGAAAGGGCUUUUAAUCCUCAGGUAGCAGAUAGGUUAAAUAGCAGAAAUUGGAGAGAGGUAUAAAUAAAGCUAUACUUUUUUUUUUUUCCUGGUCUUUUUGAGAUGGUCUCCCAGGAGCCCCAGCUGGCCUGGAACUCACUGUGUAGACCAGGUUGGCCUCAAACUAGCAGAGAUCCACCUGCUUCUGCCUCCCGAGUGCUGGGAUUAAAGGCAUGUGCUACCACACCAGAUGCAGCCAGAUACGGUGGUUCAUGCCUGUCCCACCAUCAUAAGGCUGAGGGAGGAUUGCUGUAAGUUCCAGACCAGGUUGGCUGUAGUAUCAGAUCCUUUCUUAAACAAAAAACCCACCAGGUAGCCAGCAUAUAAUUAUCUUUUGUUAAUGUGUACAAGAUCACUUAUAUAGCUAAUUUGAUGUGUUCUCACAGUUGGAGGGCUUGAGAGGUGUAGGAAUAGAAAUUCCUUCUGUGGGGGUUGUCAAGGUAUUUACAUCUUUCUUACCAGUCAGUAGCUCAGCCAAUGACACAGAUGUUGGUGAGGGUACAGGAUUUCAGAUGCAACUAUGCUUUCCGGAAACAUGGCCAGAAGUCUGCUUCUGAGGGUAUGCUUGUGGGCUUCCUGUUUCCGCCUUGCUUUGCUCUCUUUGCAGUAGGUUGAAGUUAAGCUACUUUAGGAUAAUGAGCAUUGAAUAUUGAUUGGGUUUUUUCUACUAUGUCUCCUUUGGAUCUCACUGUUUAUCAGAGUGUGGUUAUGUUUUACAAAGCAGUUUUGUUUCUUUUUGCACCUUCUGGUGGAAAGUGCCUUGAGAUAAAUGAAACGAGAAUAUUCUUGUUCUCUGUUCCAACAUCAAGUUGUGCAAGGAAUGAUCUCCGUUUGGAACUUUCUGAAACAUGGGGAUUAUUGCAGAGUAAAAUGGGGAUUGAUGUGUUUUGCCACUUGGAUGAUGAUUUCCAGGUUCUAGAAAACACAAAUUUGCUUCGGGGGUGAUGUUUGGGACUCAGGUCCCAUGGUGUACGUGAUUGAAAACUGGUGGCUGUGGUGAGGCCUGUGGACCUGAGGUGGGCAGUGCGAUGUCUUUAUUUUUUUUCUUUCUCUAUGUUACAAAUUUUGGAUCAGGGGAACCAGGUUCCAGAAAGAGAUGUUUUGUGAUAAAGACAAUGACUUCAGGAGACGAGCAGGAGCCCGUUCUGGGUUGUUGCUGUCCCAUCUCAAUGAACAGAAGAUCAAAUUCAAGGUGUCAGGGGAGCACAGUGGCCCCUCUACACCUCUGCAGUAUACAACACUGAGCUGUGCAUGGUGAGCAUCACGCCCAGAGCAGUCUACUCACAGCCUUCACUUGAUGCUUUGUGGACUUGUUUGUUCUCACACGGUGCGUAUCAUUUCUGACAACGGGUUCACUUCUUUCAGGAACAUGUAUUGCCUUUUCAGAAGCUUGGUAAGUUGCAUUGUCAGCAGUAGCUGUGUAAAGUAUAUAAACCCCUCAGCGUGCUAGAGUACUAAUGUGCACACUUCAUUGUGAUUCUUGGUCCCGGGGUUUGUGCCCCAGGUCCAUAUCUUCUGAGAAGUACAGAAUGGUGGCUUCUGCCUACUGUGAACUGGAUAGUAAACAUUUUCAUGUUUUUCCCA